ACGUGAUUUCAAUGCCGAUAAUAUAUCAAGGCUCAAGAGCCUGACUAUUUCAGCAGAAAUUUUUCCAGCUGGCACAGAUCGUCUGAAAGCCGCUAAUAAUCUCUUUUAAUUCUCACAAUGACUUACAUCAAUUCAUGGGAGGAAUUUGCAAAAGCUGCAGAAAAGUUAUAUCUUACUAACCCGUCAAAGGCCAGAAUUGUGUUGAAGUACCGGCACUGUGAUGGCAAGUUAGCUAUGAAGGUCACAGACGACAUUGUGUGCCUUCAGUACAGAACAGAGCAUGCACAGGACGUCAAGAGAAUAGAAAAACUCAACGGCAAACUCAUGAGACUCAUGGUGUCCAAGUAGAGACUCACCACUCAAAGGCAACUCCGUGAAAUGACUUUGCAAACAGUGUGUUAGUGUGGAUGCAGGCUGAUACGUUUCCGUGGGAAAGAUGCACGUCACUGCUACAAGGACAGCACUGCGGCACUGCCCAGCAUGUUGCCUCAGGGCGCAUUUGGAGAGGAGGAUUUUGUUAUUUAUAUUCCCACUGGGAAAAGAAUGUCUCUUGGUACAGCUUUGAAAAUAUUAACUUUUAUUAAACUGACCAUCUCUGCCGAAGUGUACAGCUCGCUGUUGUGACUCAGCAUGCAUGAGUAGGUUUAUUGCACAGUCAUGAUAUUGUUGAUCGUAGCAGAUCUAUGCACAACGUCCGUACUGGAGAGAGAACAGCCAGUUCCAUUUCCAAUAUCACCAAGCAUCACCUCAGAAAAAAGAUUAAGUCUAGGGACUAGACUUUGUUAUGGCUUGAUACACGAUAACCCAUCGCCGCAAGAGGGCGUUAUCACGACCAACCAAUAUCACCCACGAAUCCGUCAGGAACAACGUCUAGGGAGAUCGGUUGUGUAAUGCGCGCGCACCUGUUUGGCCUAAUACAUGUAUAUGCAGCGUGCAUUCAAAAGAUUUCACUGUAGUUCCGAACCAAUAUCUUAAUUUCUUCCAGUAGUAUAAAAGACACAGGAAGACUUUUGUGCAACUUCACUGGUCAGCUUUUUUGUGGUUCAUAGUAUGUGUGAGACUUCAAAUAGACCGCAAAAGUAGCGAAUGCGCACUAUUUCCCCCCAUUUUUCGGCGGGGGGGGGGGGGGGGGGAGAUUUUAUGAAUCUCCCUAGACAUUGCUUCUUAUGGGUUCGUGGAUGAUAAUGGUUGGUUGUGAUUACGCCCUCUUACAGCAAUGGGUUAUUGCGGCGGCGGGUUAUCGUGUAUCAAACCAUAAUGACGUCUCGCCCCAAGACUAGAAAAGAUGCUGCACAAAGUCUUCUUACAUCAUCUAGAGAAAGUUCAUUUAAAGUAUUUCCAAGUCGUUUGACUUCCUUCAAUAAACCCAUUGAUAGUCGUAAUGCUUGGACUAUUUGACUAUGCAUAUAAACAAUAAUGCUGUAUAAUUGUUUUACCCCACUUUAAGACUUACUCUUCGUUCAGUUUGUAGACCAAGUAAAAUAAAGCUUGAUUUACACAUGAAUUUAAGCCUAUUCCUGUUGUUUUUGUGUUAACCUUGUGACAUUAUGUGAGACUGACAUUUCUUAUCAAUAAUUAUUUAAUGUGCUUUGUCAGUCCCUUUACUCAUGAUUUUUUUUUCUUCUUUAAGACCAUUGGAUGUAUCCUUAAUUCUUUUCCUAAGCAAACAUAGGGAGAUUUCCUGAAAUAAAAAUGAGAAAAUAAGUUAGGUUUUGAA